UUCCGCGUUCACUCCCACAGGCAUCAGUGCCUUGUUUUAAAUGCAUCCACUCUUCCUUCGCCCUAUAGAUCUUACAGGCACCUGCCUUUGGCUUCAGGAGAGUAGGGUGGUGGUAGUUUUGUGUACAUUGCAGCCAAUCAUCUCACCAACCACCAGUCUACAUGAAGAGAUCAGACUGCUGCCCUUGAAAUGUUUAGCAGUUUUAAGAUCCUCUCCUGCUCCAGUAUCCUUUCUAGUGAUCAAGGAUUUGAAGAAGACUGGAAGGAAUCCAAAACAAAGGGACCCAGGGCUUGGAUUGUCGUGGGAGAUGGGUUUACAAACAGGUGCUUGUGGGGCCUCGGCUCAGGCACUACACUUCCCAGGAGGCCUUGCGCGGACGGCGGAGCAGGGCCUACGUGCGGCGCUCGAGCUGCGCAGAUGGCGGGGCAGGUAAAGGACCGUGAGGCCUUCCAGAGGCUCAGCUUCCUGUACCAGGCCGCCCACUGUGUCCUUGCGCAGGACCCCGAGAACCAGGCGCUGGCGAGGUUUUACUGCCACACGGAGAAGACCAUCGCGAAGCGGCUCGUCCUGCGGCGGGACCCCUCGGUGAAAAGGACCCUGUGUCGCGGCUGCUCCUCCCUGCUGGUCCCGGGCCUCACCUGUACCCAGCGCCAGAGACGCCGCAGGGGACAGCGCUGGACAGUACAGACCUGCCUAACGUGCCGACGCAGCCAGCGAUUUCUCAAUGAUCCCAAGCAUCUACUCUGGGGGGAUCGGCCUGAGGCCCAGCUGGGUAACCAGACAGAUUCCAAACCACCAGAGCCCCUGCCAAAUCCAGCCCAUCUUCCUACGGAGAAAGUGCAGCUUCAGGCUGCAGUCACCAGGGAUGGGUUCACCCCAUCUUCCAGAUAAAUAAACC